AAGUGUUAUGGCCGAAAGCUGACGAUAACAACACACGGUCAAAAUGAAAAUUUUAUUUAUUUUCGCCAUCUUAAUGCUUUCUGUACACUGUAAAGAUGAAGAAUUACCAUCGCUCCAAGAACUUUUGAAUGAUCCCGAGUUAAUGAAGAUAAUCAAAAGACUGGGUAUAACGGAAAAUGACUUUACUCCGGAUGAUAAACCUGCUGCAGCCGUGAAGCCAGAAUCUGCAGCAUCGGAUGUAAGCGAUGUUGAUUUACCAAAGAAACCAACACCGGUUGCUCCGACGACGAUGAAACCGGGACAUGUUACAGAUUCUGUUGGAAAUUCUUGUUUCUAUUCAUCACAUGAAUCUACUAUUAUAAGAUCACAAGAAUCUACGAGAGCUGGAUCUCACUUUUUAAGAUCCGACAGAAACAAAACUCGACACGACUGUAUCAGAAGUUGCUGUUACACCCAGGGUUGUACUUUGGCUGUAUUCGAAGACAAGGACAAUAACACCUGUUACCUGUUCAACUGUGGAGAAAACAAAUGCGUCUUUGCAAAUCACGAAAACUAUGUGUCCAUGACCCUUAAGGAGUCAUCAGUAGUUCAUGGGGGCAGUCUGGGACAGGACAAUGAGGGAGACUUGAAAGGACUUGGGAAAAUGGAAAAGCCACAUCCAACACCAACACUUAAACCUACACCAGUCCCACAGAAAAGACCAGUGCCCUUAUUCGGAGAAUGUGACCCUACCCAGGGAGACAAGUGUUUGGACUUCAAUGCAGAAUGUAAACAAGGAAUCUGUCAAUGUGUCCAUGGCUUUAAAGCUGAUCAGGGUGUCUGCUAUUCAGUUCCAGUCCAUCUACCUGUUAACAAUGAUCCAAGGAACAACGUACCUCAUCCGCAGCCUCAGCAGCCAUCCAACCCCGCCGCUAUCCCACCAACCAACUUCCAAAACAAGAUUUACCAAGGUCAGCAAGUACAAGGUCAAGGUUAUCAGGCCCAGCAACAAGUACAGAAUGCACAGGUUCAACCGAUUCAAGGUCAAGGUUUACAAAGCCCCAUGGGAAAUCAGCAGGUGUCUUCUGGUCUUAUUGGGUCACCUUAUCAGCAGGGAAACAAUGCAGGAUUCAAUAAUGUUCCGGUUCAGCCACAGCCACAGCAGCAGACAAUCCAGAACCCUGUAUACCCUGUCGGACAACAGGCAAACACUGGCUUCCUGCCUAAACAACAAGUCCUUCCCCAGAGUGGGCCAGUCAUGAACCAACAAGGACCUUACUGGGGUCCCCAGUCGGGGAGUCUAGCUGGACCCCAGUCAGGAUCGGGUUUCUAUGAUAACUCAGGUUACCCAAGGGUGCCCGGAGAUUUCGGUAACAGGCCCCCCUACACCGAUGAUCUCGCUAGUGGACAGGUUUUGCCCAUUAGACCUGUUCAAGGGAUGGAUAACUCCCAGAGAGUGUUUGAUCCUCACCGGCAGUACAUGUUACAGGAUCCAACAGGUCGGGAUAAAAACUACCCACUUGACAGGCACUAUAUAGCAGAGGCUGGUCCGGAUAACCAGUUUGGGAUAUUGGAUCGACAGGGUCCCUACAGGAAUCACCCCUAUAGCCCAUUCUCAGACGAGCGGUAUGACCAAUACACGGGUGAUGUUGUGCCAGAUAACAGAUUUACAAAUGAUCAUGAUGACCAAUAUUACAAGGACAGAAAUGAUCAAAAAAGUCAUCAUAAGGUAUUCAGUAACGAUGAGAAUGAUGUAGUACACCCUAAAUCUACGAAGCCCCCAGCCACCACUACUACAACUACUACCACCACCACUACCUCUACAACUACCACCACACCUACUACAACCACCACCACAACCACCACCAAACCUACCACCACACCAAGACAGACGACCACACCAACCACACCAGCUCCACAGAAUAUCCCCAAUGGAGACCGACAGUUCCAUCAGUGGGAUAAACAGAUGACAGACAAUAGGAACAGGGGCUAUGGUGAUCAACAGAUAAAUAGUCAAGGCAGAGGGAAUAAAAUGGUACAAGAUAAAUCUGACAUUAAUUCACCGAGAGGAGGCCAGGGAAGAGUGCAGCCUAAUUUGUCUGGUAAAAAAUUUAGAGCAAAAGGUCCCAUCAUCGAUGAAAGGAAGAAUGGACCAAUACAAGGGGAGGCAACCCAAACCCAUUCUAAGGUCAAUGGUCCUGUAGUUCGACCACAACAGCCUGGUAGACCAAACCGAGUCCACCCAAAUGGGAGGAAGCCGUUACGACCAGUGGGGUACAGUCAGGAUGGAUAUCCAUACUACAAUACUGACUAUCGAGGACAGCACUUCCAAAACUAUAACUGGGAUCCACAGUAUGGUAAUGACUACCUCACAUACGAUACCAACAACUACGGGGAGGUACCUCCAGCCUAUGAUUAUGACAUGUUCCACAAAGAUUUCCACAGAAAGGAAAACCCUGAAGCACCACAUGUCGUCCAUCCUGUACCUGGACAGGGAGUUUCAAGAGAACCAGUCCAAACAAAGACAGAGGGAGUACCUCCUACAACCUACCCUAAAGUUACACCACAGCCUGUUACAGAGAAAGUUGAUAAAGUUGAUAAACAGCCUUUGACACACGAAGAGACAAAAACAGAAAAUACACAGACAAAGGUGACAGAGGGUACAGAGAAAAUAGAACCAGAAACUUCUCCAAAGAAUGCUCCAAAACCUGUAGACAAGCAAGAACCAGCGACGUCAAAUAUCUCAAAGUCUGCAGUGGACAAUGUAGAGACUGAGAAAACUACUGCAAAACCAACCAAAGAAGAAAGGGUGGAAGUCGCUUUGGGAGAAGAAGAUGGAUUGGUGAUUGUGGAAGCCCCGACAGACAAUAAUCAGGGUCCAAUAGUGGCCCUGGCCCUGGGUCUAGGGGUUACCAUGAUGUUACUUGUAUAUGUAGGGUGUAGACUACGAAAUGUUAAAAGGAGAAUAAGAAAAGGAAGAGCUCUGCAUUCCAAUGAAGCAGAUUAUUUGAUCAAUGGAAUGUACCUUUAAUUGGUCAAUAUUCUAUGUAUUCACAUAAUUCUGUCACAGAAUUUCAAAAAGUCAUGAUUUUUUGGGUGGGGGAGAUAAAAAUAAUAACUUUUUAAUUUUUAUACACAGUUUAAGGUAAUUUUCAAAAUAAAAUGCGAUGAAUAAAUUGAACAAUAAAAAAAUAUUGAAAUGUGUUCAUGAUGAAAACAAAGGAAUUUGAUUUGGAAAAUGUUUGUAAAAAUUGUAAAAUUUACUUGUUUUGUUUUAUUUUUGCACUGGAAAAUAUAAUGAUCUGAAGUUUGUUGGAAUUAUAAUUUGAGAAAUACAGUGGAACUUCAUUAA